CUCAUAUCAUAUUUGUUGUUUUUUCACCUUCCUUCCUUCUACUCUUUCCACUUCUGUUCCUCGUUUUUACCUUUGUGGCAGCGAUCCCUCACUCUCUUCAACCCCUUCAAUCUUCAUCUAACCCUUCUCAGUUCUCCCCUCAGUCAUGGGUUACGCAGGCCCAUAAAAAAAUUACCUGUGUGGGAACAUCUACAGCUAUUCAGAUUCAUUACCCGUUGGUUUGGUUGAGACUAAAAUACAGUUAUUGUCCAAUUGUAUAUCAGUCUCAAUUGCAAUUGAUAAGCUGCUUACAAGGUGUCAUCACUGUGCUGAAUUUGGGGCUGUGUUCUGAGUAGAUAAGUCGAUACACCUUUGAAGAUGCCGUUUUAUUUACAGAGACUUUAUAGGCUAUGCAAAGCGUCCUUUUCGCCUGAUGGACCUGUGUCAGAAGAAGCUAUCGCUAAAGUCCAGGAGAAGUUAGAAAAAAUCAAGCCAAUAGAUGUUGGUCUCGAACAGGAGGCACAAGUGGUUCGUAAUUGGUCUGCUUCAGCGCUUGAAUGUAAUGGGAACCAUCAGCCACCAGCACCGAUAAAAUACUUGCAUUUGCAUGAAUGUGACAGCUUCUCUAUUGGAAUCUUUUGUAUGCCCCCAUCAUCUGUUAUUCCUCUCCAUAAUCAUCCUGGAAUGACAGUGUUAAGCAAGCUCUUGUAUGGUUCAGUGCAUGUUAAAUCCUAUGACUGGGUCGAGUUCCCAGGCCCAACUGAUCCAUCUGAAGCUAGAGCUGCAAAGCUUGUCAAAGAUAAAGAGAUGACAGCACCAACUCGAACAACAGUUCUUUAUCCUACCCUUGGAGGAAACAUACACUGUUUUCGUGCCAUCACUCCUUGUGCAAUCUUUGACAUAUUAUCUCCACCUUACUCUUCAGACAAUGGAAGACACUGCUCUUACUUCCAGAAAUCCUCAAGGAAAGAUCUUCCAGAAACUCUUGAGAUGAAUGGAGUUACCGUCUCUGACGUGACUUGGUUGGAAGAAUUUCAACCUCCUGAUGAGUUUGCGAUCCGGAGAGGGCUGUACAGAGGUCCAGUGAUUAAAACUUGAACAUUUUCUACAUUGAAAAGAAAGAUUUGGCUUCUUAUAAUUAGGUUAUAACAAAGGGGAUUUGUGGAAUGUGCUGUCAAAAUGCCAAUGCAAUAAUUUUAUUCUUUUGUUUGGCUCAUGUCAGUUAGGCAUUUGGGAUGUACAUAACAGGGCACUGUUGUAGUCUCUCUUAAGUCACUGACUCAGCUUAAUGGAGUAGAUUAGUUACGGAAUUUUAAAAUAGACCUCAAUUAUGAUGAGUUUGGCUUGUUAAAUUUUGUUUUGUUGCUGUUAACAAUAAGGGAAUUUUGUUUA